CGGUGUCUGAUCGAAGAAAAAGCAUUCGGAUAGUUCCGUUUCCAUGGUUACCGCGACGCCUUUCUUGAACAACAUUAUUGCGGGAGGCCAUGAUUGCUGUUUACGGUAAGGAAAUUAUGUUUCCGUCGUCCCCAGAAGUUAAUUUCAUCUUCUGAAGUCUCGAUAAACGGAAGGAAAUUACUGAACUGUAUUGUAAAGUCUCUAAUGAACACAUUACAAAAUUGUUGGACGCGCCGAGUGUUUCAGAAAUCAUGUCAGCGGCAGUAGUAAUAAGGAAGAAAGAAUCAGAGAUAAAGGGUCGCAAAGCCAGAUUUGAAAAAUCUCCAACCCAGUUGAUGGUAUCAAUACAUCCUGACCCAUCAUUACUAGAACAAUACGUGUUUAUGCCAACUCAGGAUGUUGCCGUACAGCAUGUGCCAAAAAUGUCCCAGCAUGAGGUAAAUACAGAAACCAUAGAAUUUGCCAGCACUGGUAUGAACCACACUGAAGGAGGAUGGCCAAAAGAUGUCUCGGCUACAGAAGAGGAUCAGAAAGUCAGGUACCGGAAGAAAAUUGAAAAGGAUGACAAUUACAUUCACUCCAUGCUCAUGCUGGGGUCGAAAGUGGAGCACUGUAUCCGACAGAAUAACGCAAUUGACAUCUACGAAAUGUAUUUCGAAGAAAACGAAGCCCCUUUGGUUGAUGAGCCAGAACCGAUUAAGACAGUCAAUGUUAUCCGGGAUCCCUAUGCAGGAGAAAGAAUGAUCACCUCCCUCAGUUUUGCCCCAGAAGGAGGGCAUAAAGUUGCCGCAGCUUAUUCUUCUUCUAAAUUUAUGGGUCUCACGAGCUUCACGCCAAAGGAAUCUUUUGUGUGGGAUAUCAACACAAGCAGUCACCCAGAACUUGUGAUGAAAGCUCCUUCUUGGUUACAAUGUCUUCAAUAUAAUGUCAAAGACAAUAAUGUCAUAGCAGCAGGUCUCAACAAUGGACAGGUAUCAUGGUGGGAUGUAAGACAAGGCUCCUUGCCAAUAGAGUCAACAGGUCUUGCUGUCAGUCAUAAGCAGAUGGUCACAUCCUUGACUUGGAUGACUCACAAAAACAGGACCGAAUUAUUUUCUGCUUCAACAGACGGACAAAUUCUUUGGUGGGACACAAGAAAACUUUCACAGCCUACGGAUAGUUUAGUACUAGACCCUAUGAGAGAGGAUCCUCCAGACAUCAGCAGAGCCCUGAGUGCCAUUUGCCUGGAUUAUGAGAUUACUAUGCCAACAAAGUUCAUGGUUGGAACAGAACAGGGACAGGUUGUAGCAUGUAACCGUCGUGCCAGGAACCCACCUGACAGAAUAAGUCUAAUUUACAGCUCGCAUAUUGCUCCAGUAUAUUCUGUCCAAAGGAAUCCAUUUUACUUGAAGAACUUCAUGACUGUAGGUGACUGGACCAUUAAGCUUUGGGCAGAAGAUUUUAAAGAAUCUCCUAUACUGUGGACAAAACCUGUACCAGCCCAGAUGCGGAGUGGAUGUUGGAGUGCCUCUCGUUCUUCUGUAUUAUUUACCGUACGAUUGGAUGGAUCCCUUGAUGCUUGGGAUCUUCUUACUUCCUGGAGUGUUCCCUCUGAAACAGCCCAGGUUGUAGAUGAAGGACUUGAAACCAUUGCGACGCAUGAUGGAGGUCGUCUCUUAGCAACAGGCUCACAGCUGGGGACCAUCUCUUUGCUUCAUGUUCCUAUUAGACUUUUAAUGCCAUCAGAUAAACAUGAAAAAGUAGCAUUUUCUUCACUUUUGGAACGGGAAACUCGUAGAGAACGAGUCUUGGAAGCUCGCCAUAAAGAACAAAGGCUUCGAGAGCGUGUGAAAGGUGGAAGGGCUGCUGCAAUGAAUGCUGGUCCAGAAUCAGAAAAUGCCAAACCUCCAAGAGACCUCGUUCAAGAAGCUGAAGAGGAAUACCUACGCCAGGUGGAGGAACUGAAGUCUCAAAUUGCUGCCGAGCGUGCUGCAGCAGCGUCCUCGUUUGAUGUGGCUGUGGAGGUUACACAAGCACCUGAUGAUGGACAGAACAAGGAGGAAGGACAGGCCUCUGGUGACGGGGAUGAACCCAAGAGUUACACCAGCAGUGGAUCUGGAGAACGAUAACUUUUUGCUUCUGAAAACAUGCUUUCCCAUAAACACCAUAUGACCACUCUCCUGACCAUAAUUUUUUCUUUGCUUUCCUUUCCAGUCACCAUAAGCUCUGUUUUAUUGAUGCUGAUAUUCAGCCCACGCCUCUCAGUUAAAUAAUUCCAUCUUGUAAACAUUUACAUCAUCUUUUCCUUGGACUUUCCUGUUAGUACUAGGUCCUCUGCUUAGAGCUAUGCACUUAUGCAUAUCAAAAUACAUAAAAAGCACUCCUCCAAUGAAAAAGUUAUUGGCUAAGCAAAAACUCCAUUCUCACUCACCUCCCCCACCCCAAUUCGUGUGUUGCCAAACCCUGUUCGACUCCUUAUUGUUGCAUCCAACUUUUGUUCAUUUAAGUCACCUAUCACUACCCUAAGUCUUCUGUUGGUAUAUCAUUAAUUUCUUGAAAAAGUAUACUACUUCCUUUUAUUUUCGGGAAGCAUUUCUUGCUCAUAUAUGCCA